UUUCCAAGUCUGAGACGUGUGAAGAACAGAGCUCUGCUCCAGCGAAUCAACAUCCAACAUUACAAAUAUUCGGCUCCUCCCUGUGCAUUCAAAGGUCAAAAUGAUGUACUACUUCAUCCUUGCCUCAUUCUGCUUACUGGGUAUGACCAACUCUCAGACUAUAACAGAUCUGACUGCCUGUGUGACCAAGGAAAAUAACUUGAGAAUGGAGUGCAAGUUCACCCUAAACACUUCAGUUCCAACUGCAGCUAAAUGCACCUAUAAAACCUCAGGGAAAGUGGUGGCCACUACUGAUCCUACUGUUACCCAGGAUGCAACCUACAAGAAUCGUGGCACAGCCAGCAUUACUAACAAUAUGUGCCUUCUGGAGCUGACUGGCUUUCCUGAUGGUGCGGCCCAGGAUUACGAGUGUGCCAUCAAACAGGACAAAAGUGUAACAAAGACAAAAAGUGUGGAAAAGAAAAGUGCUGCGACUUGCUCAGCUUGUAAGCUCAUGCAGCUUGGCGGUCUGACUCUCCUGCUGGCUCUGAUUUUCCCCCUGAUGUCUGAGCUGCUGUAGACCAUCUGGGUAAAUCAUGGGAGGAAUUUUACCUUGCUGCCACGGCAGUGAAGCAUCCUCACUGCACUGAAGAAAAGCUUUCCUGCUCCAAACCUCCAAGUGCUUUUAAAUGAUGAGGAUUUCUGUACUACCUUAAUGCUUUCAUUUCUAAUUGACAUUAGAAGCCAGUGAUAUUGUUCAUAAUGGUCUUUUUCUGUCUUUGUGAUUUAAAUUAGUGUAACUUCUUCUUAAAGCAUGUUCGUACAUUGAUUAAUGACAGUGCCUACUGUAUAUUGAUUAUGCAUAUGCAAGCCAUACAAGACUUAUUGUCUUAUUGUCCUAUGAAGAUUCAAAAUGUCCAGUAACCAAAGUCGCAGUUAGUGAUUGAUGCUGUUUAAGUUUGUUAAAUGUACUAAAUGGCUUGGGGAAAAGUAAAACUGUUACACACACCUUGACUAAA